UAUUAUUUCCCACUUCUAAAUUCUCUCAUUUCUUUAGAAGUUUAUUAUAACAAAAAAAAUACUUAUAUUUUCAUUCUUGAUUCCAUAGAAACAUGACAGCCAUGAAAAGAAGCAGAGAAGAUAAUGGACAAGUGGAAGCAGAAGCCAUGGCUAAUUGCGCCUUAAUACUUUUGUCUCGUCUAAACAAUAACAACAACAAUAAUAAUGAUUUUGAAUGUAAGACUUGUAAUAAAUGUUUCCCGUCUUUCCAAGCCCUCGGUGGACAUCGUGCAAGUCAUAAUAAUAAACGGUCAAGAUUACUCGAAAAGUUUCUUGUUCAAACCAACAAAAAGAAUAAGAUACAUAAAUGCUCUAUUUGUGGUAUGGAGUUUUCAUUGGGUCAAGCAUUAGGGGGACACAUGAGGUGUCAUCGCGAUGAAAUUAAUAAAACGUCGACGAUGAUACCAGUAAUGAAGAAGUCAAAUAGCAGCAAGAGGAUUUUUUGUUUGGACUUAAACAUAACACCUGAUGAUGAUAAUGUUGAUCUGAAGUUAUGGCUGAUGGCAGAGGCUCUAUCUCCCGUCUUUCGAAUCUUUAUUUAAAUCAGCUUUUAAUUCGUUAUUAACCUUUAAUUAGGAUUAGGAGAAUUAAUUAGCUGCAUGAAGUUAUUUGUGGAAUUCUUUCCAUUCAUUUUUGUUGUGUAUGUAUAAUCCUUAAUUAGUUCAUUGAUUCUUUUGCUGAUCAA